AUGUUAUUCAAACGAGAAAAGAAGGUCGCCGACCCGGACCCGGUAGCCGCACCGGGGGAGGUGCCGCCUUCCGGCCCGGAGCCAUCAGAGCUCGAGAAAGGCACAGAAGCCCCGAAGGAUGCCGAGGAGACAGAGAACCCGGAUGACUAUCCUCAAGGCGUCAAGCUCGUCCUGCUCUUGGUAUCCGUCUUCGUCAGCAUGUUCCUCGUCUCUCUGGACCGAUUGAUCAUCUCGACCGCCAUCCCGCGGAUCACCGACGAGUUCCAGUCGGUCACGGACAUCGGCUGGUACGGCAGCGCUUACAUGCUCACGUCUGCCGCGUUCCAGCUGCUCUUUGGCAAAAUCUAUACAUUCUACAGCGUCAAGUUCGUGUUCCUCACCACCAUUCUCCUCUUCGAGAUCGGCUCGGCGGUCUGCGGCGCGGCGCCCAGCUCCACGGCCUUCAUCGUCGGCCGUGCCAUUGCCGGCAUAGGAGCCGCGGGUAUCUUUUCUGGAUGUAUCGUCUGCAUCGUCUUCGCCGUGCCGCUGCACAAGCGGCCCAUGCUCCAGGGCCUCUUCGGCGCCAUCUUCGGCCUGUCGUCCGUCAUCGGGCCCCUCGUCGGCGGCGCCUUCACCUCGCACGUCACCUGGCGCUGGUGCUUCUACAUCAACCUGCCGUUCGGCGGCGCCGCCAUGGUCCUCAUCUUCCUGCUGCUGCGCAUCCCGGACCGCGACACGACCCGCCAGCCCACGCGGGCCAAGCUGUCGCAGCUCGACGCCGCGGGCACCGCCGUCUUCGUGCCGGGCGUCGUGUGCCUGCUGCUGGCGCUGCAGUGGGGCGGCGUCAACUAUGCGUGGGCAAACGCUCGCAUCAUCGCCCUGCUCGUCCUGGCGGGCGUGCUCCUGAUCUCCUUUGUCGCGAUCCAGAUCGUCCUCCCCAAGACCGCCACCGUGCCUCCCCACAUCUUCAAGCAGAGGAGCAUCUACUGCGCCUUCUAUUCCUCCUUUUGCAUCGGCUCGCAGAUGAUGAUUUUCGCAACGCCGAUUGGAAGUCUCAGCUGUUCCUUCUCCGCUAACGAGGACCACGCAGUCUACUUCGUCCCCGUCUGGUUCCAGGCCAUCAAGGGCGUCUCGGCCGUCGACUCGGGCAUCCACCUCCUCCCCAUGGUCCUGUCCAUGGUCGUCGCCUCCAUCACGACGGGCAUCCUCGUCUCCCGCAUCGGCUACUACACGCCCUUCAUGAUCGGGGGCGUGUGCCUCAUGUCCGUCGGCGCGGGCCUCAUCACGACGUUCGACGUCGACACCCCCGCGGCCAGGUGGAUCGGCUACCAGGUCCUCUACGGCUGGGGGCUCGGCUCGUCCUUCCAGGCGCCCAACCUCGCGGCGCAGACGGUGCUGCCGCAGCGCGACGUGCCCGUCGGCACGGCGCUCAUGCUCUUCGCGCAGCUCCUCGGCGGCGCCGUCUUCGUCUCGGCGGGCCAGAACGUCCUGAGCAACGAGCUCAUCCGCCGCGUCGCGCGCAUCCCCGGCUUCGGCAACGACCCGGGCCGCAUCCAGCACGCGGGCGCGACGAGCAUCGUCGACCUGCCCCCCGCGCUCCGGGGGCCCGUGGUCAAGGCGUACAACGACUCGCUGCGCGUGACGUUCGUCAUGGGUCUCGCGCUGUCGUGCGCCGUGCUGUUCGGCGCGCUGGGGCUCGAGUGGCGCACCGUCAAGAAGCACCAGAUCGCGGCCAAGAAGGCGGCGGCCGCCGAGGAGAGAGGGGCGGGGGCCGCUGCCGGGGCGGAUGUCGGCGCCGGUCCCGGGCCGGCGGCGGAGGCGGAGGCGGGCGGUGAGAUCGCCGCCGCCGAGACGACGGGCACGGAUGGGAGUGAGAAGGCCUCCGUGCCGGAGGGACAGAAGAGCUAA